AUGGUCACACGGCCACACGGCACAGCGGGAGGGCUCACGUGGGCUUGCCAAGUGAGGGCGCAGUCGGGAGGGAAUGUGGACACUCUCUCUUGCCCAGGUCCCCAACCUCCCAGCGUUAGGGGCUGCUCCACCCUUGGCUCCUGCUGGGGGACUGGAACGGUCCAGACUACCCACCUGGCUGUCACCUGCCCAUGCCCAUCUCGCCUGAGACGUCAUCUUGCCUGUGUGCCCACGGCACUGCCCCCACGCUGCUCCCUGGUCUGGUUCUGGAAAUCACCUCGCUUGCCCUGGGGCGUUCCCUGCCCCGGGCACCCAGCUGGGGGGGCAGAGCAGUGUAGCACGGCAUGGAUUCAAAUCUGCUUCUGCACUCACAGCUCCGCCAGGUCCUUUACCCUCCCGGUGCCUCAGUGUCCCCGCUCCACAGAGAUGGCAAGAGUCCUCCCGUCGCGGGUCGUGAGGACCAAGUUUUUUGGGAAAGCCGUGAAGCCAUGGGAUGGCACAGAGCAAGUGUUACUGACCUCUCUUCUACUACGAUUAACCAUCACUACUAACAUAUGCAUAACGUAUCUGUGUUAUGCAAGAACGUCCAGGAAAAUGACUUUGGUUUCCAAAGUUUCUGAUAACGGUUUUACCCCGAGCACGUUGAGGACGGCGGGUUGUCCUCCUGGGACAGAAGGCUGUACUGAAGUUUCCCCCCAAGCGGAACCGGGAUUAGCCAGGUCAACGUGGGUUAAACACAGAAAUCCGCUGGACGGUCAGCAAAGCCACGGCCUCUCAGCGGCUCAGGCUGCUGCGGUCCCUGGAGGGGGCUGUCAGGAGGGGAAGGAUGGCCUGGCCUGGGGGGUUGGGCCUGACCAGGAAAGCCAGGGCUCACCCCGAUGCCCCUGUGCGCCACGGCCUGGGUGCACACGUCGGAGACAAGCGACCCAGGAGAGGUGCUCUGAUCUCCGUCACAGGGUCCCUCUGAUGUUGCUUCUGCUGAAAGACCUCCCCUUCUUCCUCAAUACCUCUUCCUUUCUGGAACACAAAAAUGCUGUGGCUCUCUUACUAAUCUGACAGCUGCCUUAGCUUCCUGUGUCAUUCCUGUUAACAAAGGUAAUGCAACCCCGCG